AUGAAUAAAUUCCUUUUAACUUUCAAAGACAAAAAGAUAGAAAAGGACUAUUAAGAUAAUAAAUUAAAUACUCUAUAAAAACCUAUUUUCUAUUGGCUUCUUGCAAUGUCAUUUGCUUUAAAUUUAUUUAAAAUGAUUUUAGACUAUACCUAUUAUUCAGUAAAUAAUAAAAGUUGGAUGAAUUUAGGCUUUGUAUUACUAGUCAUUGUUGAACUAAUUUUAGUCUGUUAUAAAAAGUAAUAUAUAAAGUAUGCAUUAAUUAUUUCAAACCUUUCAGCUGGAUUACUAUAAAUUAAUUUUGAUGAAAAUAACACUUUUCCUUAAGAAUAUUAUUCAUAUGGAAGUUAUUAUGCCAUGCUAUCAGUAGUUGUUUAUUUUAUGAGUGAUUUUCCAUACAGUCUUUUUUAGGUAAUUAUUCAUUUGAGUAUGAAAAUCUGUUUUACAACAAUUAAGAGUCAUCGAAUAGAUAUGUUAGGAAUAAUUUUGGGACUUAUAACAAAUGUAUUUUUAGUAUUAACAUUAUAUAUUUGUGAUUGGAAUUCUAGAAGAUAAUUUUUACUUAAUUUGAGAGAAGUAAGAUGGGAAGAGUCAUUACCAAUAAUAGUAAAGAAACCUUAUUAUUUAUUUACUUAUAAAGAUAAAAAUAUGUCAUUUUAAGUCAAUAGAUCAUAUAAUCAUGAAUUCUUUCCUUAUUAUAAUUAAGAUGAUUGUUGUGGGUGUAAUUUUAGGCAUUUUUUAAGAAAGUGCAAAGUAGAAAAUAAUAAUUUAGAAAUUUAUUUAUUUGAUAAAAGAAAUGAAAACUUAGACUUUGAUUUAGUAUAUAAAAAUAAGAGUCAUAAAUUUGAUAUAAGGGUAUGUUCUAUUGGAUUAGAUUAAGUUAAUUAUCUUAUUAUAUUGGAGAAACUCAAAUUGUUAACAUAAAAUUAUAUUCCAAAAUAAACGAAUCUUCGUCAAAAAAUAUUUCAAAUUAAAAAGACUCAAAUAAAGUAUUAACACUAAAGACACUUUUUAUUGGGUGUAUUUUCAAUGUUUCUUUAUAAUAACAAAGAAAUUACUUCAAUAAAUUUAGUUGA